CAGUGUCUUCCUCUGUAGAUGUCACAGCGAUUCACUGCAUUCGAUCACAAGCUCUUAUUAGGACCGGACUUCUGGUCAAGAUGUCGGCAGCAGGCUCAGCAGUGGCUAUGAUAGGCGGCAACCUUCGUUUUGGUUUAGCAGGCACGGCUAAUUCCACGAUGGUGAACAACACAAAACAUUGCCCGCCAGGGGGCGCGGCCAGUGCGGCUGCGUUACUUGCUUUAUCUAGUCUGGGAAUGUCCGCGAACAUUGCAUUGAUGGCUGUAAUACUUAGCAAGAAACAGCUUAGAAGAUGGUCUCAUGGCUUACUGUUUCACCAGGCGAUAGUCGAUUGUGCAAGGGCCGCUAUACUUCUGCCUCUGGGCAUCGCUGUAUUUCGGUGUCAGCCAGUAUAUAAAUGCUCAUUAGUGGAAACAGCAUUUUUGUUACUGGUGACGGUGUCGACAGUAAAUAUGCUGACGACGGUCCUGAACGACAGUCCUAUUUUUCCCGAAAACGAACAGGAGCAGGCAGAUUUAUCGGCGCCAUUACUCAUGGACAGUCCGCAGUGCGUUUUAUUCGGUACAUUCAUGAUUUGGUUCGCAUCAAUAACUAUUAAUCUCGGCCCGACAUUCCUGUCCGGGGCCCUGGCGGCCAGUGCCGGUUCUUAUGGCUCGUACGGGCCGGCACCUUCGUGUCCCUUGGUGCGGGGUCCUUUCCGACAUUACGUACUUAACGCGUUAUGGAUAGGCGUGAACGCUGUCUGCGUCGGGUUGACGCUUUUCCACUUGAGGAAACUCCACAGGGAUCUCACUAAGGCUAACGUAGAGGCAGUUCGAGUAGCUGGUUUAGUGACAACGCUUGUCAGCAUGGCAGGAGACAACCGGCGUAUGGACUCUCUGCCCAACAGCGUUGGACCGAGGACUGUUGAUGGUAACUUUUCUGAUGGCCACUGCCGACCAUCAGGCAGUGCCAGUCUGCCUCUCGGCGGAGGGCGUCGUCUUCGAGGGUACUUGGCACGUGUUGAGCGAGAAGGAGUCCGACGAGUUCGCAUGUUUCUUGUCAUCACCGCGGCCUACGUACUCUUCUGGGGUCCAUUGUUCAUGAUUACGCUGCUCCACCAUCCAGCUCUGACAUCACAUGUGGCGUAUGAACUAUACUUCCAAAUCACGUUGCACAUUUCGUACGUGCACGCGGCGGUGAACCCGCUGUUGUUCAUGGCGUUGCAUCGUGCGCUGCGCCGCGCCGCCCUCCAGCUGUGCUGCGGCUGCUGUGUGCAUUGGAGUCAAUUCGUUCUAGCCCUUACUGCUGCAGCCCAACCGCCACUAGCCCCGUCUUCGUUUUCUCCGGCGGCGGGGUCCCCGGAGCCUCCGCCGGCUCCCCCGCCCCCCGCCCCGCCCGGCCCCGUGCCCUCCGGUCCCCCGGCGCCUCACACGAUGAUGAGUUGGGAAGUUGAGCAGUGUGAUGCUGAGAGUAUGUCGAGUGCGCGUGUGCAGGGAGACGAGGAUAUGAUGGGGGAGCCGUGGGGCGGCGGGCGCCGGGCGCGGUCCCCCAGCCCGCUGCUGCUGCCCGCGCUCUGA